UGCUAUACUAUUAUUAAAAAUAAUGAUAUAUUGUAAACUUUCGUUCUAGAUAAAUAAAAUAACCAAAAUGGCUAUUAAUUUCCGUGAUUAUGAUAAGAAUUCUUCAGACGAAAGUGAUAGUGAUAUUAGCGAUGGAACGAAUGAAGAAUCUUCAGAAAAUGACAGCAUGGAUUAUGAAGAUGAUAAUGUAGAUGAACCAACCUUAAAUGAACAAAAUACAAAUCAAAAUAAUGCUGAAGAUGAUAGUGAUGAAGAUGAAGAAGAGGAUGAAGUAGUCAAAGCAAUUAAAGCUGAGAAAAAUAAACCUCGUGAUCAUCCACCAACUAUUACAUCAGAAGAUUUUAUUGUGGACAUCUCAUUUAGCCCUAUUAAAAAUUUAAUCGCAAUAGCAAAUAUUGUUGGUGACAUAUUAUUGUAUGAAUACAGUAAUGAUGAAACAAAACUUGUGAACACGUUGGAGUUACAUUUGAAAGCUUGUCGACAAGUCGAAUUUGAUAAUAAUGGCCUUACAGUGUACAGUACUGCCAAAGACAAAGUAAUAAUGGCAACUGAUGUUGAAACAGGAAAAUUAAAGCAAUGUUACGAAAAUGCUCAUGAGGAGCCAGUAUAUAGCUUGAAAUGCUUAGAUAAUGGAAAAAUAGUCACAGGUGAUGAUGGGGGAACCGUAAAGUUAUGGGAUAUGAGAAAACCUGAUCCUAUAUUUAAUCUAAAAAUAAGUGAAGAGUAUGUCUCUGACAUGAUCACUAAUGAAGCUCAAAAAUAUUUAGUAUGUGCGGGAGGCGAUGGCGUGCUUACAUCUAUAGAUCUAAAAGCAAGUAAAAUUUAUACCACUUCCGAAGACUAUGAUUCUGAAUUAACAUGUAUGGGACUUUUCCGAUCAGAAACAAAACUACUGGUUGGAUCUUCGAAAGGAAAACUUUAUUUAUUUAACUGGAAGGAGUUUGGUUUACACAGUGAUGAAUAUAUUGGACAAAAACAUUCAAUUCAAUGCAUGAUACCAAUAACUCAAAAUGUAGUUGUUACUUCAGGAGAGGAUGGCGUACUGAGAGCCACACACAUGUUUCCUCAACGCCACUUGGGUAUAGUAGGCCAACAUCGCUUACCAGUUGAAUGUUUGGAUAUAAGUCAUGAUGGUCAAUACAUUGCAUCAAGUUCUCACGAUAAUGAUGUGAAAUUUUGGAACAUCUCCUAUUUUGAAACUAUUGAUUCAAUAAUUAAUGUGAAUCACAAACAAAAUAAAAAGAAAGACCUUGUCAAUAAUUUACCAUCGAGUAGUAUAAAAAACGCUUCAGACUUUUUUUCAGGACUAGUUUAAACCGCAUUAAUACAAUACGUCGCUAGUAAACCGCAUUAUACGUAAAUUAUUGAAAAAUAUAAUAAAGUGUGAUUAUCUUAGAUCACAAAAUACACAGAUUA